AUGAAUCAAAUAGUCUCUAAGCUCAAUUCAGGCGAUAUCAUUGUCACAUUCACCAUUUCUAAUGAGGAAGAUGGUACUUACGAAGUACCCUUCUACGUUCUUGAUGAGUACCAUCGUUCAAAAAUGCAAAAUGCAAUUGUUCUUGGUGCCACUAUUGGUGCGUGCUCAAUAUUGUUAAUCAUGUUGAUUGGUAUCUUGUUCAAGAAAUUCCAGAAGUUGAAAAAAUCGUUGCUAUUCAAUUUGAAUUUUGCCAUCUUGUUGAUGCUCAUCAUGAGAUCAGCUUGUUAUAUCAACUACUUGAUGAACAAUUUGUCAAGUAUUGGCUUCUUCUUCACUGGUGUUUUUGAUGGUGAGUCUUUCAUGAGUUCCGAUGCCGCUAAUGCUUUCAAGGUUAUUUUAGUUGCCCUUAUUGAAACAUCUUUAACGUAUCAGAUAUGCAUCAUGUUCAAAACACCAACAUUGAAAAUAUGGGGAAUACUUGCUUCAUUUUCAGCUGGAGCAUUAGGAUUGGUUACCAUCGCUACUCAAAUCUAUACAACAGUUAUGUCUCAUAGGAACUUUGUCAAUGGCACAACUGGUUCACCACUGCAGAUAACCUUCGCUUGGAUGGACAUGCCAACAAUUUUAUUCUCCGUCAGUGUCAAUGUUCUUUCGUUGUUUCUAGUAUGCAAAUUGGGGUUGGCUAUUAGAACCAGAAGAUACUUGGGGUUGAAGCAGUUUGAUGCAUUUCAUAUCUUAUUCAUCAUGUCAACACAAACAAUGAUUAUCCCUUCAAUCAUCCUAUUCGUUCACUAUUUUUACCGAGACGACUCACAGACCACUUUGGUCAAUAUUUCACUUCUCUUGGUGGUUAUUUCAUUACCCUUGAGUUCAUUGUGGGCCCAGACAGCAAAUAAUGUCCGACGUAUUGAUACAUCUCCAAGUAUGUCGUUCAUUUCAAGAGAAAUAUCGAAUCGAAGUGGCAAUGAAACAUUGCAUAGUAGUGCCAAAAUUUCAAAGUACAAUACGUCGAAUACAGUUAAUUCAACGCCUGGUACAUUGAAAGAUGAUUCGUCAUUUAUUUUGGACAGACCAGUCUCUGAACAAAAGAUGGUUGAUACAGGCUUGCCCAAGGAUUUGGAGAAAUUUCUAAACAAUGAUUUUAAUGAGGGUGAUGAUGGUAUGAUUGCUAGAGAAGUCACAAUGUUGAAGACAAAUCAUACUAAUCAAUAA